AAACAACAACAAUAAAACAACAACAACAACAACAACGUUUUAGUUUGAUGAUGUGUUCGGGGAUCUUUCAGGUGCGUGUUUCUAUUGUCAAGGAUAUAUCAGCCAUUCUGUGAAGGACACUGCCAUUACAAUAUGUUAUAAAUCAACCGUCCGUCACGAUUUUGAGACACUAAGCGGAUGGACGAUGCGGACGAAAUCGCAGUGAUCGGAAUAGGAUGUCGAGUUCCUGGAGCCGAAAAUGUUGACGAAUUCUGGCGAGUUCUGGUUAACGGCGAGAAUCCUAUAAUAGAUGUACCAAAGGACAGGUGGAAUAAUGACGCAUUUUACAGCGAAGAUAGAGAUGAGGCUGGGAAAACCUACGUAAAGAAAGCUGGAUUCAUUAAAGGACAUGAUGAGUGGGACAACAAAUUCUUUGGCGUAAGCGACAAUGAAGCUGUCAGUGUCGACCCUCAACAAAGACUUGUACUGGACUGUACCCACAUGGCAUUAGAGGAUGCAGGGAUAACUCGACAACAGCUGAAAGGCUCUCAGACCGGUGUCUAUAUAGGUGUCAUGAAUGACGAUUAUAAAAGUAUAUCAAGUUUUGAACAUAAGGAGGACAGUAGUUACUCUGCCACAGGGAUGAGCACAAGUAUUAUCUCAGCACGAGUUUCAUACGUAUAUGACUUACGAGGACCAUGCAUGGUUAUUGAUACGGCAUGUUCUUCGUCAAUGAUGGCUAUACAUUUGGGAAGUCAAGCGAUAAAAUCUGGUGACUGUGAAAUGGCUGUCUGUGGUGGUGUAAGCCUAAUGUUGACGCCUGAUCAGUUUUUGACGCUCUGUAAGGCGAAGAUGUUGUCCCCUACCGGCCAGUGUCAGAGUUUCUGCGAUACGGCUGACGGAUAUGCUCGGGGAGAAGGGUGUGGUAUCGUUAUCAUAAAGUCAUACAAGCAGGCGCUACAUGACAGAAAUAAGAUCUGGGGAAUUAUUAAAACCGGAAGUAAUCAAGAUGGGCACACAGCACAGCCAAUCACAGCUCCAUCUGGGGAGCAGCAAGAAAAACUUAUGAAGAAAGUAUACUCUCAAUACAAACUCGAUCCCACCAAUCUUCAGUAUAUAGAGGCACAUGGUACAGGUACUGCGAUUGGAGAUCCAACAGAGGUCAAUGCUAUUGGCAAGUUCAUACAGUCAUACAGACAGGAACAGCCGCCAGACAAAACGGACACAGAUAAUAAUAACGAAAAUGGAAUCCCAUCGUCAAACAAAGUCAAUAAUACAGCACCUAUAUUGAUUGGAUCUGUAAAGUCUAACAUUGGUCAUCUUGAAUCUGCCGCUGGCGUAGCGGCGCUAAUUAAGGUACUUCUAAUGAUGAAACAUGGUAAGUUUGUACCAAGCCUACACGUAAAGAAAGAUAAGUCGAACGUCAACAGGAAAAUAAUCUUCGAUGAGCAUGGUCUUGAUAUAUCUCUGCAAGUAUCGGAGUGGAACCCAAACAAAGAAGGAGAUAGGAUUUGUUGCGUAAACUGCUUUGGCUUUGGGGGAUCCAAUACGCAUGCUGUCGUUAUUCAGAAAAGGUUUCCUAUCCAGACAAUACAGAAACCGUAUGAUAACAAUACUGAGAACUCAUAUAAAGUUAUCUGUCUCUCAGAUCUGAACAAAACUUCACUGAAGCGUAAAAUGGAAGUGUUUGCGGAAGAUCUUGAAAAAAGAAAUCAUGAUAUUUCACUAAAUGAUGUAUCAUUUACAUCAGCUUUUCACCGAGACCAUUUUGCUUGCCGAACAUUAAUUUUCGGAAAAUCUGUAGACGAGAUUCAGCAAAACACAAAGCAGAAAUUGACGCAAAUAGAUGAGACUGCGGCAGGGAAAAAACUACGCAUCAUAUUUGUGUUUUGUGGAGUUGGAACGACCUGGAAAGGAAUGUGUAUGGAGAUGAUGAAAACACAGAAUGUAUUCAAGAAGACCGUCAGUAAUAUUGAUGAAAUACUGAAACCAUUAGCCGGAUGGAGUAUUGCAGAAAUGUUUCAAAACGACACAGACUACAGUGAUCCAUUUAUAAACCAUAUUGCAAUUUUUUGCACACAGGUAGCAUUGUUCGAGGUGUGGAAAAGUUGGGGAAUUUGUCCUCAAGCAGUUAUAGGUCAGUCUGUUGGAGAGGUUGCUGCAGCGUAUGCCUCAGGGGCGCUACAUAUGAAAGAUGCCAUCCAGGUGAUAUACUAUCGAUCAAAGAUUUUAUCCGAAAUGACAGGUGGUAAAAUGAUGGUAGCAAGAAAUAUUUCCGUUGAUACUUUAGAAACACUUUGUAAAAAGUACAAAAAUCGUGUGAUCAUAGCUGUGUAUAACAGUCCAGUGUCAUGUACACUUUCCGGUGACGCUGAUGCAAUGGGACAGAUCAAAAUAGAUUUGGAGGAAAUGAAUAAAAAGGAAAAUGCAGGAAUAAUGAUCACGCCCCUAUCUGUUCAAUGUGCCUAUCAUAGCCACCACAUGGAACCUUGUACUGUACAGAUUGAGAACGAAUUAAAAGCGAUUGAGAAAGGACAAAGAACUGUCGACCAUUAUUCGACUGUAACUGGACAGCUUGCUGAGUACGAUGAAUUUCAGACUGGAAAAUAUUGGGCCGAAAACAUUCGAAAGCCGGUCCUAUUUAUGAAUGCCAUUCUUCAGUCUUUAGAUCACAAUGCCACUAAUCUGUUUGUAGAAAUCGGGCCAAGACAAGUCGUUCAAGCUCAUUUGAUGAAUAUCUUAGGCGAAAACAUAAAAGGAAAAGCCCUCCCUUCAAUGAAUGCAUAUAAAGAAUGCCAAAGUAUCUACUCAUCUUUAAGAAGUCUUUUGGAGCAUGGUGCCGAUUUAAGGUGGGAAAGAGUUGUGCCUUCUGAUGGUAAUAUCGUAUCAAUUCCUAGGCAUGUCUUCCAGAAAACAAAACAACUUAAUAUUCCAGAAGGGAAACAGCGCCUUAUGAAAGGCAUCACCCAAAACCCCGAGUCACACCUAUUUAUAAGACAGCAUGCUGAUGCUGGCAAAGCAGGCUUUCAAAUACAUAUAGAAAAAGAGUCGUCGCCGUUUGUAUACGAUCAUUACAUGUAUAACAGCGUACUUGUACCUGGUGCAACAUACAUCGAAACGGCGUUCGAGAUUGCUCAUCAAAAGUCACCAUUGAACGUUUAUGAAGUAAGUGUUUCCCUAGAAUUCGUGAAUACUCUUAUGCCUAAAAACGAGAAACAGUGUGUGGUAGAUGUCGAAGUAGAAAACAACGAACAAAAUGGAUAUCAGUAUUACAUCAGACAAAAUGACAAAAUGCUUUGUAAAGGGAACAUUACCCCACGUACAGAGCAGAUAAGAAAGCGUUUCAACAUAGAAACAAUAAAAGACAGAUGUCAAAAGCAUAGGACAAGAGAAGAAAAUUAUGAAUGCUUACGCCAUCUUCAUUUUCAAUACGGAGAAACUCUACGUGUCAUAGACCAGUCAUGGACGUCUUCGUCCGAGUGCAUCGUAGAAUACAGAAUACCGGAAUCUGUCAUGAAACAUAGAAAGGCAACGCAUAUGCAUCCAUCUGUAAUUGAUGGUAUGUUUCAAACUGCUGUUUUACUGGGCACAGCUGCUUUUGAUCGACCAGCCCUACCCAAAGGGUUUGCUUCAUUUGUAAUAAACAGACCCCCACAGAGUCGUAUGUUUGGAUACACUACACUUGUAAAAACAUCAUCAACUGGAAACUACUACAACCUUGUUCUGUUAUGUCCAGAUGGACAGGUUUUAGCAGAAGCUUGUGAUUUCUGUAUCAGAAUUAUGACAGAUGGAUCGGAUAAUCUGCAAAACAUGCAGUACAUUGUGACAUGGCAAGAAACAGAAAUGUUUGCAUCUAUCAGUCAAGGAAAAGAGAAGGCACCGAAAACCACAGCAACAAUUUUUGCUUCAGAAAGAUUUCUUUCUUUCUACAAACCUUUACCAGGUGAAAGUAUGGAUUUCAUUAGUAUCGGAAAAGAGGGUAUGUUCCGAGACGGCUUAAGUAAGGUGCACAAGUCUGACGCAGUAAUAUUUGCACCAUUAUACCACAUCGAAGACAUUAGGAGGGACGGCAGAGUUCUGUUUGAAUAUAUUCAAAAGUCAUUUAUGAAUUUGACUGUUAUUAUCAGUGUCCUGCGAGAACAAAAACUAAAGAUACCAAUUUUUGUAGUAACCGAAAAUGUUAUGGGUCAUCAUCAAAAGACAACAAAUGUUUGUGGAGCAGAAUUAUGGGGUAUGGUCAGAUCGGCAGUCACCGAGGGAGCGUAUAGGGAUAUUAAACUGAUUGAUAUGACGUUUACUGAAGAGAAUACAAGUCUAUUGCAAACAAUCCUGAAACAUGUUACACAUGUUGGCAAUGAAUAUUUGAUAGAGAAUGGAACAAUUUACCAUUCUGUGAUCAAAGAAACAAAUUAUCAGGAAGUUUCUACACGGAGGGAAAUACACCCUGCAUUGUCAGAGAAAGUUGUUCUCAAGUCGUUAUCUCCACGCGGCAUUAAACAUCCGUACUUAGACAUGAGAUCAUCAGAAGAUGCUGAAAUACGAAUACCUAAGCAGUUCAAAAUCCGUUUGAAAGAAUUUUGUCUCCAUGAUUCUUCACUAUUUCUUUUUUCACCGAAAUUGGCCAGUGAUGACGAAAAUAUCUUUACUGAAGAAGAAAGUGGAUAUCCAGUCAUAUGUAUUGAAGGUGUUGGAAGCAAAUACUGUUAUAGCAAAGCCAUUGACAACUCAAAUAAAACUGGGUUCUGUUUUCCUGUGAGCGUAUCGGCUAUUAUCUCAGUUCCCGUAAAAUGUAGUUUUGUUAUAGACGACUUGCCAUUCUAUGUCCCAGGAAUGAUUACAGUUGGAGUUAUACUCUUGAAUAUUGUUGAUACGUGCAGGCAUUCUUCUAGAGUAACUUGUAUUGUUGACGAUGAAUCGAGACUCUGUGUGCAACUGUUGAAACAUUUGUUCUCUACAAGGACAUCAACUUCAUUGACAAUUGAAACAUUUGACGAAUUGCCUGGCCGUUUUGAAAAUGGUCGUCAGAAAAUACGGACUGUCAUUAUUCUAGCAAAACUCACUUGUGACAGGUUAGAUGCGAUAACAAAAAGAUUUUCAGCACUGCACAGAAUUGUUAGCAUAGAACAUUUCUUUCCUAAGGAACAAAAAAUGCUGAUGAAAUUAAGGAGAGAUAAUACUUUACUUCAUAUUCUAAAGACAGAGGACAUGUUUUCACUUGCUGAAUUGACAGAAAAAGUACCAAAAGUUUAUAGCAGCUUUAAGUCAAUCGAAAACAAAGCUGUAUAUUGCUUUGAGCAGCCUGAGCAGGGAGCCACCAAUAAAGGAGAAAAAGAUAUUCUUUGCCUUCCAUAUUCGGUCUUACUACUUCGGGACGACGAUGGAAAAGCUUCUGUUCCCAUGAAAGUAUCUGAAGAAAAUGUAUUCAGGACAAAUGGCUGUUACAUCGUUGUUGGAGGUCUUACAGGACUAGGAUGGCAGCUUGUCCAGUUGAUUGCAAGUCUUGGUGCAAAGUACAUCGCUACGCUAUCAAGACGUCUUCCAGAGAAGGACAGAGAAAAUGAAAUGGAAAAUGUUGUGAAAUUAUACUCCUGCCAAAUCAUACCGAUACAAGUUGAUGUAACCGAUUUGAACCAACUAAAAAAUGGAAUGGAAAAACUUAGGAGCAUAAUUGGCAGAGAUGUAGAUAUCAGAGGGGUACUCCACGGGGGAGGGGUAACGUGCGACAAAUAUUUGAAAAAUAUGUCCGAAACAGAUGUUAAAAAGGUGCUAUUACCUAAGGUGUUAGGUACAUGGAAUCUACAUUAUGUAACAAUAGGUAUGCCACUUGAUUUCUUCAUAAUGCAUUCAUCCGUAGUUUCUGUCUUUGGUAACCAAGGACAAUGCAAUUAUGCUGCAGGAAACUCGUUCCAAGAUUCUUUUGCUCAUUAUCGCCGAUGUCUGGGAUUGUGUGGACAGAGUAUAAAUUGGAGUACUUUGUCUCUUGGUAUGGCAAUGGAGAAUACAGAGUUGCAAAACUACCUACAAAUCCAAGGAUUCUACUUUUUAAGUAUCGAAGAAAUAAAGAUUUGUUUCAUGCAGGCGGUGAUGAAAAAUCAAGUACAGGUAAUGUUUGGAAAGUUCGACUGGCAAAAGCUGCGGGAGAAUCCAAUCGUAGGUACGAAUCCUAAAAAGUUUGGAGAAAUAUUGAAGAAAUUGCCUACUGCUACAAGAAAAUAUAAGGAAGCUGCUCAUACGAUUUUUACUUCAUGUGAUUUUGACAACAGAAAUUCAAAGGAGCAAGAACAGAUAGUUUACGAUCUAGUGAAGUCUAAAAUUGUCGAAGCAUUCGUGGUGGAUGAAAGUAUAUUGAGUGAAAGUACAACAAUUGUAUCGCUGGGUAUUGAUUCAACGGCUGCAAUGAGCUUUUCAAGUUCUGUCUUUGAUAAAACCAAUGUUAGAAUUCCUAUUGAAACUCUGUUUCAUGAGUCAACCUCUCUAGGAGUUUUAACGCAUUAUAUACUUACUCGUAUUCAGAAGAAAACAGAUUCAGGUGACAACAAAACAGAGCAAGCUGAUGAAAACCUUCAAAAGUAUUUCCAAGGAAAUGUCACUUUUAUGCAGAAAAGCUUGCUAGAUGAUUUUGUAAAAGAUCCGUUCAGUCGAAAUAUUUUGAGACAGGUUGACUUCGAAAUUAAAGGAAUUUCUCUAAAGAAACAAGACUGGAAAGUUGUGGUGAACCAUCUGAUUAAAAUAAAUCCUGACCUUCGUCGUAUUCAUAACAUAAAUGGGAAUGGGCCAUAUCAGUCCGUUUUACUUGAUGGUCAGUCACCCGAUAUAGAUAUAGAAGAGGUGGAAUUCAACAGUAUAUGUACAGAAAAUGCUGAAGAUGAAAGGGACAAAAUACAUAUGGACAUAACGAAAGAGUUGCCCAUCCGAGUUUUGAUCGCAUUUGAAAAGGGAACCGUUCGUGUCCGAAUGUUCGUCCAUGCUGUUUUAGGAGAUUUAUCGGGUAUAAUAAUUCUUUUUCGGGAAAUCAAUGAUAUUGCCAAAUGUUAUAUACAGGAAAAAGAAUUGCCUGUAAAAGACGAAAGCAUUGUACCCGCAGAAGCUGUACGAAAAGCAAUUUUGCCACACAUGAGUACUCUUAAAACAUUCUGGAAAGUUCAACUGAAACAAAACAUACAGCCGUUUACACUUGCUGACGACAUAAACAUGGAACUAGACGAACAACAUUGGGAAAAUGAAUCCCAAAAGCUACCACUAAACCUCGUACAUAAAGUAAUGGAUUACAUCAAAGCAGAAGGAGUUUCAAUGUAUCACUUUGUGAUAUCUAUAUACAUGAUUCUACUACACGAAAAGACCGGGAAAUAUUUGAUACCCGUGGUCACUAAUAUUGAUAUGAGGGGUCACGUACCUCAGCUUAAAUCUUUCAUAACAAGGUGUUCAAAUGCGAUACCAGUCAUCGGCGACUUGAGGGAGAUGGGUACAGUGUCAGUAUAUCUCAAGAAAAGCUCUGAUCACUUAAACAAAAUGACACAACAUGGUGCAUACCCAUAUGAGCUGAUAGAAAAAGAAAUGCAAUCAAAGGAACUGGUGAAGCACAUUGGACGGCACAGACUCAUUAUGGAGAAUAUGACAAACUUAAAUGCUUCAUUCGAACAUGAAGGUAUUAAAAUAAGACUAGGAAAAUUUUAUUACAAGAGACAUGUCUACGAAACAACAUUGCACAUAGUGUAUGACACGCAACAAAAUGUCGUCAUUUUAGAGUUUGGAUAUAACGGGAAAGCAAUCACAAAAAGUAAUGCAAGACAGAUGCUUGAUCGGAUGCUUGAUCUGAUGUGGAAAUUUAUAGAGUUUCCACAAGACGAAGUAAAGUCAUUCCUUGACAAUUCAAACAGUGUUAUCGAAAGUCAUAUUUUGACAGAUGAUAGCUCAAGACACGUCAAUUGUUUGGCGAAUGAUAAACUGAGAAAAACAGAAAACAGAGAAAGUAUAUGGAGGGGAAAGCAAACAGAAUGCAGUCGAAUCAACCAAAAUGUCAUACGAGAGGAUAUAUUCACGAAACAAACGAAACAAGGAUGGGAGCAUUCGGUGAAGUUGAAGCUAGUGAAACAUGUAUCCAGCGGAAACAAUGGGGAAUUGAAGCUGAUUUGGGGACGAGGGAAGAAGGAAAAGACUCUGUAUAGCUACAAUAUUUCUGAAGUUGAAAUCAAAAGAUUAAAUGGAAUGAUUUAUAUACUAGUGAAAACAAUAGAAGACGUGGUUGUUUUCAAAACUUCAAACCAUUCCAAAGCCAAAGACUGGUUGGCAACAUUUAAACAAAUGAACGAGGAAUUAAAAACGUUCAACAAACAACAGAUGUUGUGUCAGCUCUGAAUAUUCAGAUGUACACAUGUAUUAUUACUUCAUAUUAAAGAAGUGUACUAGCUAUUUAGAUGUAUAGGAGUAUAUAAAGAAAAGCUACGAGGGGUGUACAAUAAAUACGAGGAAAUGUGCUCUCAUUUCUUUAUUUCUGGUCCUAUUUUGCUGAAAUUUGAAAAUAUGACGGAUAUGAACAUAAUAAAUGCGAAUAUUUAAAUUACAGAUAUAAGAACAUGCAUAAUAUUUAUUUAUCGUCUCCUAGGCAAUGUCAUUUCCUAAAAAGCAGCCCAACGUCAUCAAGACGCUGUCAUAUCACAAACAAUUAAUCAAUAUAACUCGUGAUUACCUUUGGUUCCAAGUUUAUUGCAAUUAAAAGCAUUUUCUACACCUUCCUACCAUAAGUAAAUAUUGUCCAUAUGAAAUUCCCAUCGUAUUGAUGAAAUGGGACACUGAACUGUUAUGUCGUAUCAAGGAGCUAUUUAAUUGAUAAAACGUAACUGAACAUUAUUUUUCAUGUCUUUACCACGAGUCGUCAGCGAUAUUCUCCUGACCAAUUAUAAACGUCCCGCUUUUAUAAUAGAAUUUUGUUUUCUUCAUGGCCUUAUCCAUUAAACCUUUAGCAGUAUAGCAUUUGUCUGUUUCUUUGAUUUUCGAUUGAAAACACAAAGUGUUAUCUCAUGACUCCGUUCAAAAAUGACUUUCAAGUGAUGACCAACACAAUAUGCCUGCCAAACAUUUUAAUGAUGUCACAUUGAUAGUUUGACGUUAUUGGCGUAGCGCUUACACUUCAUAUUUAUAUUUACCCAAUUAAAGAAAAGGUAGCUUGAAAAUACGCCAGUGGGGAGUAAUGUUUUAGCGCACGUAGUAUAGAAAAGGAGACAAAAUUGGGCCGGAUGACGUCACAAUGGGGACUAGUAUUUACUUAUUAUUUAUCCAAAGAAAACAAAAUUUUGUCAUAUCAACUCAGUAUUCCCUAAUCUACAUUAUAUAGCAGUUUCAUUCAUUUUUGAUAAAACAUGAAGAAAUGAGAGCACAUUUCCGCGUAUUUUUUGAACACCCCUCGUAUUUAUAGUAGAGGAUAUUCGUUUGUUUAAGCACGAGUUCGACAUAUCUUUUCUUGAAUGCAUUGUUUUUGUAUUCUUGUUUCUAAGAGAGAAAUAUGAUUUGAUUAAUCUGAGGUACAAUUUGUUUGUUUAUAUUAUACUAUUUCACUUGUUAAAAUCAAACUUCAAACACAAAAUGUUGUCUUAUAAAAAGCUUAUCGUUAUUGUUAACAUAUAUUUCAUGUGUGACUUUUAACGUUUAAGUGUUAAGUGAUGUAUACUUUUUCCUUGAUAUAUUACCGAUGGUUAAAGCAAGAUAUAUUUUACUGACAACCAAGCAUGCAAACGGAAUACUCAACUGUCUUUAUUAUCACUUUUUUUUGUAACUAACAUUCAAUAAAAUAAACUUUAUUAAACUCUUUAGUCAAAGAAAAAAGGUCUGCUUUGUGUUUAAAGCGUACUAAAUGUAAAAAGGCAUUCAUUUCCCUGCAAUUUACUCUAAACAUGACAAAGGAAUACCUAAAAUUAUCUUUUCUCUAACCUGAUAAUAUGAAUAAUAGAUGGUACUAAAUUACGAUACUAAAAGAACGAUUCCCGGAAAUUAUUUACGUUUCAGUCCUUCAGAUUGCAAAAAAAAGUCAUCUUACAAACUUAUGUUUUGUGAAAGUGCCGUUUAUAUCUUUAAUUAAGUCUUUUUCUCAGGAGUAGUGUUAUUUUAACGGCGCCGCAGUUACAUCAGUAGGAAUGCUAACUCUAGAUAUUUUUCCAAGAGAUUGGUAUUGCUUUAUCUGCAUGUACAUGUACUUGAUUUAAAACAUGUGCAGUAAAUAUGUCACUAGAAACGUGUUUUCGCAAUGACCUGCUAAUAGAUCCCAAAUAACAGUAAUGUUGUAUUAUGGGCUUAUGUAAUAAGUAUUGAAUUAUAAGAUGUGGACUUGUAAGCCUUUGCUGUAUUGCAUUUCUAUACUAUGUUAAAUUGUGACUAAUUGCAAUAUUGUAUUGCUUUUAAACGCUUACUGGUGACUGUUUGCCAUAUUCAAUUUCUGCGAAAUGUUAAUUUGUACCUCUUUGUAAUGCUGUAAUUUGUUGAUUUGUGACGGUUUGCUAUGUUAAAUUGUAACUGUUUGACAUAUUGUAUUUUCUGUAUGUUUUUGCAUUUGUGACUUUUUGCCAUUUUACAUUACUGUAAAAUGUUACUUUGUGGCUGUUUGCAGUAUUGCAUUGUUGUAAAAUGUUGAUUUGGAACUGUUUUGCAUAUUGUAUUUCUGUAUUUGUUUUGCAUUUGUGACUUCUUGCCAUACAAAACUGCUGUAAAAUGUUCAUUUAUAUCUAUUGGUAAUAUUGUGACUGUGUCCCAUAUUGCAUUACUGUAAUAUGUUUAUUUGUGACUGUUUGUAUUGAUGUACUAUCUUUUUUGACUCAUUGCCAUUCUGCAUUGCAGUAAAACGUGUUAAUUUGUGAAUGUUUGAUAUGUUAAACUGUUGUAAUAAUUUGAUUUGUCACUGUUUGAUACUAGUAUAUUAGAUGGCUGUAUUGUGUUUUAUUUGUAACUGUUUGCAUAUUGCACUGAUAUAAUUCUGUCGUGUGACUGUUUGCCAUAUUACAUUACAUUACUGUACUAUGCUGGUUAUAUUGCAUUAAAGUAACAUGUUAAUCAGUGAAUUUUACUUUAUUGCAUUGCUGUACUGUGUUUGUUUGUGCCUGUCCUUCAUAUAGCAUUACAGUAAUAUGUUAGUUAGUCAAUUUUGCUAUAUUGCAUUGCUGUAUUAUUUUGGUUUGGGACUGUCCUUCAUAUUGUAUUCCUGUACUCUGUUGGUUUGUAACUUUCCUUUAUAUUGUGGCUGUUUGAUAUACUGGAUGGCUGUACAAUUUUUAUUUGUAACUGUUUGAAAUAUUGCAUUGAUAUAAUCGUGUUAUGUGACUGUUUGCCAUUAUAUAAAUAUCAUAUGUCAGCGUGUGUGACAUUGUUAUUGUGAACCCGAAGGCAGAACCGAGGCGAAAGCCGAGUGGUGACAUUCUGUUUCGAGGGUUGACAAUAUCAAUGUCACACACGGUACCAUAUGAUAUUUAUUUUAUUAUACCGAACAAAAUUAAGUACAU